CAAACUGUCAACAAUGUCUCGAUGUACUUAAAUUAUUGAAACAUUUUCAAAGCAGCCUCCGCCAAAUUACCGUAGAGUUUUAACGCCGGAUGUCUGCCCAAAAGCUAACGAAAUGGUUACCUUCCGCCUUGAAAAAGUUUCGAACGAACAGACGACAAAUAGAUUUUACGGGUCACAAUGUGCUUGGUAUUGAAGACCUGAUGCAACGAGAAAAGCCCGGCAAGAUCCACAUAGAGCCAAUGGCAAUAGAGAACCAUCACCAAGCAGUGCAAAUGCUAAAAGAGCACUAUCUUCGUGAGCAUGUGCUCAUUCGUGCUCAUGGCAUGGACGUUAUGCAAGACAACGCUCUGGAUGAAUAUAUCUACAGUCUUCUUAAGCAGGGCAACACGUUAUGUGCGAAGACUUACGACGGGAAACCGGUGGGCAUUUGUGUGAACAUCGCCAGCGGCCCUGUGGACUCAAAGAUUCUGAGAGACUAUGCUAAUUACAGACAGGAUCCGUAUACGAAAGAAUUUUUGAACUUCAUUGCCAAAUUACAGGAGACUCCUAAUCUCUGGGACGUGUUUAAGGUCCCCAAAAUAUUUGAGAUUAAAAUGCUAACCGUUAUCCCUGAAUACCGACGGCGCGGUCUAGCCACGAUGCUGGCGGAGAGUUCUAGCGAGUUGGCCGAGACGCAGGGUUAUGACGUCGUACGAAUGGACUGCAUCAACCCUAAUGAUUUCAAGAUAGCGGAGCGCCUCCUAUUCCACUGCAUGGCGAAGUUCCCGCUAAAGGCGCUGAGCGCGCGCAACCGUAUCGGUCACGGAGAUCAUUACACACCCGUCGGCUACGUGCGUGUGUACGUCGGCGCGCGAACCCGCGACCAUCCCGACGCGGAGCUAAAGCAGAAACGCAGAGAACUGGAGAGCCUCGUCGAGUGAGAGCAAC